UAGCGUAGACUUGCACCUCUCCGGCAUGGAACAAAUGGUGCCUGGGAUAAGGCAUUCUGAAAGUAUGGUGACGUUAUGUGCUGCUUAAAGUGAAGAUAUGACAUACGUUGGAGUGUUGUGAAUAUUAUAUUUUAUAUACCAUAGUUCAACCGCAGUCGGAACAUACCAUGAGUCAAAAACAGUAGGAAUAUACCAUAAUUUAACAGCAGUCUGAAUAUACCAUAGUUAAACAGCAGUAGAAAUCUCUUAUAUAUAUAUAUAUAUAUAUAUAAUUUUUUUUUUUUUUAAUUUUUUUUUUUUUCUUCUGGUGCGUGCUGCUUCCUCUUCAAAACCGCCCUUCCCCCAACUCCACAUGUUUUAUAUUAAUAGUCCUUAGUGCAAAAAAGGUUGCCACGCAGCGUGCUUCUUGCCCGACGUCUGAACUCCGGUGAAUUGUUUUUUUUCUUCUUUAUAAAGGAUUCUUUGUGUGGGUUAAAUGACACUUUGUUCAUCUCUUUGUUCUGGGGCUGCACACCACACAGAACUUUGUCUCUGUCCAUCCUUUCACUUCGGGCAUGUGUGGGCCUGUGAAUUUUUUCAGUAACCUGGUACAGGAAGCUAUUGCUAUUUUCGUUAUACUGUGACUGUCGUUUCGUCUUUGUUACAAAUAGAACGACAGUAUCUUCUAUGUCGACGGGUUUUUUGUGCAACGUCCUCUUUAUUCCGGGAUCUGGCAACUGCCUGUUCCUACCAGUGGGUUAUUUCUUGAUACAAAGGCAAUGCACUCUCACCGCAACAUAGGGCAGUAGAUUUCGUUGCAUAUUAUAGAAAAUGAGAAGUUAACUCUUUUUUUUUUUUUUUGUGGGGGGGGGGUAAACUUUGGACCCCCCAGGUUUUUUUUUUAAAAAAAAUACGGGCUAGGGUAAAAAAUAGUAGAUUUCGUUGCAUAUUAUAGAAAAUGAGAAGUUAACUCUUUUUUUUUUUUUUUUGGUGGGGGGGGGAUAACUCUUGGACCCACCAGGUAUUUUAUUAAAAAAAAAUACGGGCACGGUUAAAAAAAUGCAUCUGGUUAAGCCCUAGCAUACCAUAUUUUAAUAACUGUAAGAAUGGACCAUAGGUUAUUUAUUAGUUAUUGUUUGUUCUUGGCUAUAUCUUGUUUAAAGUGACGGAGAGUUGCUCUAUUCGUCGGCCUCACUCUCUCGCCCUUGACUACUUGGUCCAAGGGCAAGACUUAGUCGAGAGAACUGGAAAUAAACCAGGAUGCAGUAGAUGACCAGCAGUGUGUCUUGUGUGUCUCACUGUGUCUUGUGUGUCUCACUGUGCUCAUUCUGCUUUCCACGUCGCAGGAGUUGUCGGAAUUUUCAUUGUGGGACUGUCAUACCGCCUACAGGAAUCCAUCUCCGGGUUUGAUUUCAGACUUUGCCUUCUCUGAGAUGUGUUGCCACCCAAGGUUAACGAGUCCCAGCCACCCAGGGGUUAAAUAGCUGUAGAAAUGUGUCAUUGUUUAAUAUCUGUAUAGGAACAUAUCAUAGGUUGCUAACUCUUGGACGUAUAGGGCUACCAUCAUUCUUGUACAAUCAUACCGGUACAAUCAUUCUUAUGCUAUCCUCCUCGUAUAAUCAGACCUAUACAAUCAUUCUUAUACUAUCCUCCUUGUACAAUCAGACCUGUACAAUCAUUCUUAUACUAUCCUCCUUGUACAAUCAAACCUUUACUAUCAGUCCUGUUAUAAUUCGUUUUAUUAUUAUGUCAGACAACGAAAUAGGAAUUGACACCAUCAAAGGAUAUUGAUAUGUUCAGACAUAUUUAUAGUACCUUUAAAAAAAUGCAGCAGAUUUCAAAAUAGCUCUAACUUAUUUUUUUCAAAUAUCGGAGUCGCGCACUCAGUUUUUAAUUAAGCUGGAAUAAAAGUGUUAACUUUUUCGGAAUCUGAGUGAUAUAAGCGAUGUCUCCUGUUGAUAUAUAGAUAAAUUCUAUCCCCUGUUGAUAAAUAUAAGUUCUAUCUCCUGUUGAUGUAUAUAACUUCUAUAAAUCAAUGUUUACUAUGAUAAGACAUUCAGAACGUAAAGUGAACGAUAUGUUCUUUAUAUAUUGGUUAUAUCUCCUGUUGAUAUAUGGGAUUUCUAUCUCCUGUUGAUGUUUAGCCAUUGCUAUCUCCUGUUGAUAUAUGGAAGUGAUAUCCAAUGUUGAUAUACAAAUAUAUAUUUAGCUUGCCGGACAUCAAUUUGCUCAUUUAAAAAUAAUCGACUAUGGAAAUGUUCUUCUGAUUGACGUCACGGCGAGGAGUAGUUGAAACAACAUUCCUAAUACAGCCCUUAAUUGAAUCGCCGGUAUAGCUGUUGAACAUUAACAUUUUGGGACUGGUUCUUUUAGCCAGUGGCUACAACUGCCGUUCUCUCUCACUUUUGGCUUGCUACCUGUGGCUGUGCAAAGAGGCCCACCAUUUCAGUCAGAUGGCCCGAGAUUGCAGGAAAGAAAACUGUAGAUUUGUCAAACAGAUAGAGACGCCUCACAACACUCUCUGACCGUUUAAAUUUAACAAUAAAAUAGAAUACACCAUUGAUCUCCCCUGAGGAGUAUAGCAGACGUAGGGCGGACAUGCCAGUUUGAAAGCAAUGUAAUUUCUUAAUAAAAUGCGCAGUUUAAAAUCGUAUUUUCGCCAAACGUCAGUAAAUAAAUUCAAAACCAAUAAGAUAAUAAAAAAUACAUUCAUAUAUAUAUAUAUAUAUAUAUANUAUAUAUAUAUAUAUAUAUACAUAUAUAUAUAUAUAUAAAGAUAAAGUUCCGGCCGGGACUGACUGACCAUUCCCUCCCAUGCAAGUUGAUAUAUCUACAUAUAUAAACAGGACUGGCCUUAGGUUCAGGCAAAGCAGGCAACUGCCUGGAGCGCCAAAGUUUAGGGGCGUCAAAGUUUAGGGGCGUCAUUUUGAUAUUAAACAAAAACAUUUCAUACUAAAUUCACAGAAAUCAACUUUUAAACAAAUGAAGAAUAUCAUGCUUCGGUGAUAGGCCGAUUCCUUUUUACAACCAACUAAAUGGCUCAAUGGUUUAACAGCUGGUCUUUUUAAAUGAAAUAAUUGCGCAUGACAAAGCACAUUUGUUUGAAAUGUUGUCUCUGUAUUUAUUGAUGAUAAAUUUAUUGGAAAGCUUAGAAUUUUUUGACUGGCACCAAUACUUUGAAUUACAAGAACUUAUUGUCAAAGUGAAUUUAUUUAGAAAAAGUGGGGGCCGAUGGGUGGAGGUGCACUAUUGGAACGCGUAGGAAUAAGAUCGUUGAGGGUGUGACUGUGACGUCAUUAUAGUGUGUAAAUAUAUUUUUUUUCCAACUAAUUUGUUUUCCCUUUAAUUCGAUUUUUAAAAAAAAAUACUCUUAAGAUUUUUAGACUUAUUGAAAAAGCACUAACUUUUUAAAUACAUUCAGAGACUACGUCUUUCAGCACUAAAGUCUUUCAGCACUUAAGACAAAGUCUUUCAGCACAUAAGACAAAGUCUUCAGCACUUAAAUAUUACUGGAAAUCAGAAAAGAAACUUGCAGAAUCGACUGAUCUUUGACCAGAAGUUCAAAGUAAAUCACAGUGAAGAGUUCCUCCCAAGGAAACUAAAUCACAGUGAAGAGUUCCUCCCAAGGAAACUAAAUCACAGUGAAGAGUUCCUCCCAAGGAAACUAAAUCACAGUGAAGAGUUCCUCCCAAGGAAACUAAAUCACAGUGAAGAGUUCCUCCCAAGGAAACUAAAUCACAGUGAAGAGUUUCUCCCAAGGAAACUAAAUCACAGUGAAGAGUUUCUCCCAAGGAAACUAAAUCAAAGUGAAGAGUUCCUCCCAAGGAAACUAAAUCACAGUGAAGAGUUCCUCCCAAGGAAACUAAAUCACAGUGAAGAGUUUCUCCCAAGGAAACUAAAUCACAGUGAAGAGUUCCUCCCAAGGAAACUAAAUCACAGUGAAGAGUUUCUCCCAAGGAAACUAAAUCACAGUGAAGAGUUCCUCCCAAGGAAACUAAAUCACAGUGAAGAGUUCCUCCCAAGGAAACUAAAUCAAAGUGAAGAGUUCCUCCCAAGGGAGGGCAGAUGGAUUAUGAAUCUAAUAUAUUGAAGAUUCCAAAGUAUGUUAUCGUGUUGAAAUUUUAAAUGUCAUAGUUGAUACUGUCAUAGUUGAUACUGUCAUAGUUGAUACUGUCGUAUUUGAUACUGUCAUAGUUGAUACUGUCAUAGUUGAUACUUUAUAGUUGAUACUGUCAUAGUUGAAACUUUCAUAGUUGAUACUUUCAUAGUUGAUACUUUCAUAGUUGAAACUGUCAUUGUUGAUACUGUCAUUGUUGAAGCUGUCAUAGUUCAUACUUUCAUAGUUAAUGCUGUCAUAGUUGAUGAUGUCAUAGUUGAUACUGCCAUAGUUGAUACUGCCAUAGUUGAUACUGCCAUAGGUGAUACUGUCAUAGUUGAUACUGCUAUCAAAUCUUCGACAGAGAGGUAUGAGCUACUGACACAAGACAGCACCAACCUUCUCAAGGAUUACAAACAUGUCGUAAGGAAGUGUUGAAAAAAAUGUACAGAUAAAAAAAUAUUUGGAAACAUAUCGGAAUAUCUCAGUAUUUUUUGUGAAAAAAUAAUUUCUUGUGUGCAUAAUAUUAUGCUUCUCUGCAAACGUGCGGCAAAGAAAUGCCUUCUAUUUGACACUCAAAUCAAGGUCUGGAUUGUUGUCCCAUCCCGAGUACUGUGCCAGGUGAUUUCUCGUUGAAUCCUGCUGAAUAUUCCAGUCAGUGUUGCAAAUGGAGAAAGAAUUUGUUUCUAAACUAAAAUUGAUUAAAACAGGUUUAAGACCAUGUUUGACCCAGGAAAGGCUCUCAGCGGUGGCUAUGCUGUCUUUUGGUUUUCGUACACACACACACACACACAAACACCCCCGAACACGUGGAGAAGGGGCGUGAUUUAACGACAUUUGAGAGUUAAUGCAUUUUGUUACAUGUUGCUUCAGGCCAACUUGGCGCGCUCCUAUAAGGUCAAAAUGUUUAAACUGCUGACGUCAUCUACGGCUGAUCUAUUUGGAAAAUGUGUACACUCUUUAAAACCAACGAGACGUUUUUUUAAAUAAAAUAUAUAUAAGGGCGGUCACUCUUAAUAUCCAGUUGCUAUUUACUAACACAUGUAACAUGUUUUGCUUAUUACAAAUUUCGUAUAAUGGGAGUCGCUUAGUCACUUCCUUGUUUGGUCACGUGAUGAGAGUAAGCCAUCACUAGGCUGCUACAAACAACAAAAGAUACUUCAUCAGUGCUUCCCCAAUGUCAUGUUACUUAAAAAUUUUACCUUUCGAAAUAUUCUGGAAUACACGCAUUUUUUUAAUGAAAUACAUAAAUGGGACAAUAAAUAUACGUCAGUUAUGAUUAAAGGAAGAAAGUUAUUUCAAGAGAAAUGUGUGAGCGAUAUUCGAUGGGCAGAUGGGAACUAUCAAUACUAUUUUCGGCAGGAUGUUGUUGAGCUCCGUGCGUGCCCAUGACGUCAUUUGCGUGUUUAUACAAUAUUGUUGCCGUAGUCAUUCCCCUUUGUUUAUUUUAUUGUUAAUUUUCAUUGGACGAAAUGUAGUGUGGUUGUAGUGUGUAUCGGGCUACUGUUGUCAAGCACUAGUGUGUUGUAUACAGCCUACCGGAAGUCUUACUUGUUUUUACUCACAUCACGUGACAAAUCAAUCGACUAAGCGACUCCCAUUCUCUGGUCUGCAUGACUAGAUUUAUUUAGAAGUUUAAAUUUAGGGCUCUUUUUUCUUAAUAAUCGUCAGUAUGCUUCUCGACAUUGCGCACGAACUGUAAACAUUAGUAUAUGAGGUAGGGGCACCAAAACUUAUAACUGCCAGGGCCGCCAGAAUGGCUAAGGCCGGUCCUUUAUAUAAAUAUGUCGCAGUGGCGUAGCUAGGGUAAGCGCCGCCAGGGGCGGUUCAAGAAAGUCUAAUCCAGGAAAUGUCACAACGACCGUUCAUAUUGGGAUGCGAAGGCGGCAUUAAGAAUGUUUCACACACAGUCUGGAUCCGACUGUCUCCUUCUGACUUAGCUACUCAUUCCAGCUAUCAUCCUUCUGGCUAUCCUUAUUUCUACUAUCCUCCUCAUUCCGACUAUCCUCCCCAUUCCAACUAUCCUCCUCAUUCCUACUAUCCUCCUCAUUUCAACUAUCCUCCUCAUUCUGACUAUCCUCCUCAUUCUGACUAUCCUCCUCAUUCCUACUAUCCUCCUCAUUCCUACUAUCCUCCCCAUUCCAACUAUCCUCCUCAUUCCUACUAUCCUCCUCAUUCGUACUAUCCUACUCAGUCCGGCUAUCUUCCUCAUUCCUACUAUCCUCCUCAUUCCUACUAUCCUACUCAGUCCGGCUAUCCUCCUCAUUCCGACUUUCCUCCUCAUUCCUACUAUCCUCCUCAUUCCAACUAUCCUCCUCAUUCCGACUAUCCUCCUCAUUCCAACUAUCCUCCUCAUUCCUACUAUCAUCCUCAUUCCUACUUCCCUCCCCAUUCCAACUAUCCUCCUCAUUCCUACUAUCCUCCUCAUUCCUACUAUCCUACUCAGUCCGGCUAUCCUCCUCAUUCCGACUAUCCUCCUUAUUUCCGGCUAUCCUCCUCAUUCCGACUUUCCUCCUCAUUCCGACUAUCCUCCUCAUUCCGACUACCCUCCUCAUUCCUACUAUCCUCCUCAUUCCAACUAUCCUCCUCAUUCUGACUAUCCUACUCAUUCCUACUAUCCUCCUCAUUCUGACUAUCCUCCUCAUUCUGACUACCCUCCUCAUUCUGACUAUCCUCCUCAUUCCUACUAUCCUCCUCAUUCCAACUAUCCUCCUCAUUCCUACUAUCCUCCUCAUUCCAACUAUCUUCCUCAUUCUGACUAUCCUCCUCAUUCCAACCAUCCUCCUCAUUCCUACUAUCCUCCCCAUUCCAACUAUCCUCCUUAUUCCUACUAUCCUCCUCAUUCCUACUAUCCUCCCGAUUCCAACUAUCCUCCUCAUUCCUACUAUCCUCCCCAUUCCAACUAUCCUCCUCAUUCCUACUAUCCUACUCAUUCGUACUAUCCUACUCAGUCCGGCUAUCUUCCUCAUUCCUACUAUCCUCCUCAUUCCUACUAUCCUACUCAGUCCGGCUAUCCUCCUCAUUCCGACUUUCCUCCUCAUUCCUACUAUCCUCCUCAUUCCAACUAUCCUCCUCAUUCCGACUAUCCUCCUCAUUCCAACUAUCCUCCUCAUUCCUACUAUCCUCCUCAUUCCUACUACCCUCCCCAUUCCAACUAUCCUCCUCAUUCCUACUAUCCUCCUCAUUCCUACUAUCCUACUCAGUCCGGCUAUCCUCCUCAUUCCGACUAUCCUCCUUAUUUCCGGCUAUCCUCCUUAUUCCGACUUUCCUCCUCAUUCCGACUAUCCUCCUCAUUCCAACUAUCCUCCUCAUUCCAACUAUCCUCCUCAUUCCAACUAUCCUCCUCAUUCCAACUUUCCUCCUCAUUCCGACCAUCCUCCUAAUUCCGACUAUCCUACUCAACCGGCUAUCCCCUUGGUUCCACAUAUCUUAAUACAGUUGAGUGUAAAUGACAACCUCUCAACUGUGAUUGUCUUAUCUUACAACCUCUCAACUGUGAUUGCCUUAUCUUACAACUUCUCAACUGUGAUUGCCUUAUCUUACAACAUCUCAACUGUGAUUGCCUUAUCUUACAACAUCUCAACUGUGAUUGCCUUAUCUUACAACAUCUCAACUGUGAUUGCCUUAUCUUACAACCUCUCAACUGUGAUUGCCUUAUCUUACAACCUCUCAACUGUGAUUGCCUUAUCUAACAACCUCUCAACUGUGAUUGCCUUAUCUUGGUCCUCUUAAGUCUUGUAAAGUUCCCUUAUCGACUGUAAAUAAGUUAACAUUUUAAUUUUCACUAUUCCAGUGAUUCACAGACUUGCAUAUUAACCCCUUGUAGUCCGAUAAAGACGCUGCUAAUUAAUGUCCGUAUAAAGUAUAAACAAGCACACACGCACACACCCACACACACACCCACACACACACACAUACCCACACCCACACCCACAACCCCACACCCACACCCACCCACCCCCACACACACCCAACACACAUCCACACCCACCCACACCCCAUGCACUGGCUACACAACGUGCCCACAUCCCUCCUGGCACUGGCUACACAACGAGCCCACAUCACUACUGGCACUGGCUACACAACGAGCCCACAUCACUACUGGCACUGGCUACACACCCACCCACUCACACCCACCCACACCCACCCACACCACACACGCAUACACACACACUCAAAAUAGUAUUAUUAUUAUAAGUAGUUUUAUAUAGCGUGCUACCCCAGCCUGGGGCUGGGCUCAAAACGCUGUGCAUGCAAUUUAACAAACAUAAUCAAGAACUUUAAAAAUUAAUUAAAGAUACAUUAAUUGAAUUUAAAAAAAACCAACAACUUAUAUUGAAAGCUAUUUACAUGUCAAGCCAUGGACAACACCCAGCAGCAUCGUUUUUCGGUCGGGGGGCGGGGGGGGGGUUAAGAAUGUUUUCCACGCCUGCAGUUUUCUAUAGUCAGUCAGUUUUAUGUUAACAUUUAAGCACCCGGGAACUCUAGGUUGGCACGCACGCCAUACAUACAGUGACCCGGGAACUCUAGGUUGGCAUACGGUAACCCGGGAACUCUAGGUUGGCACGCACGCCAUACAUACAGUAACCCGGGAACUCUUAGCUUGGCAAAUCGGUAUUAUCUCUGCGAUUAUUUUUGAAAAACAUCUUUGGCCAAAGUUUCCUUUAUGAAAGGGGAUCCAAAUAAUCAGCAAAGUUUCCUUUAUGAAAGGGGAUCCAAAUAGUCAGCAAAGUUUCCGGUUGAAACGCAGAUGACCUAAUAACUUAUCUAUGGGCUUUGCCCGACACCUUAUCUAAGCGCAAGAGUUUGGCUUCCUGACAAAAGUAAAACAACUCGAAGCCCUGAUGCAAUAAGGCUCAUUCGGAAAAAGGGUUAAUAAUGGAGACAUGUCAUCACUGAACUAGAACUUUAGUACAACUUACCAUAGUGGCGCAAGUAUUACUCUUGAGUGGGCAGUGGAACACACCAUGCUUUUUGUGCAAAUUGUGCGGUAAUCUUGCUUGACAUUAGUACUGCUCUCCAGUAUGGAUGCGGCCAAGGUAGCCAAGGACUAUUUCGUGAGCUCACAAAGCACUUUACUCAUACCCAACAGGGAUUACGGUUCCAGGAAGCUUAUCAGCGUCGGCAUCCUCAGAUCGAACAGCGUCGGCAGCAUCAAGGUGGGACCCCCGGCGGAUGAGGCAGAGCUCGACACGCGAAGACCCCAGUUGAAUACCAACGUGGGCGGGAGUCUCAACGGCUCAGGCGUCCUAGACCAAGUGCAGAGCUUAAAACAGAAAUUGGCUGCCAUGCGUUCUGGUAAGUCUUUGAUAAGGGAUAGCUCUAGUUACAGAAAUAAUUCUCUACUUACAGGAACACCCGCGUCUCCUAAAGCCAGGAAUCUUAUUGUGCUGAGCGAGUUGAAAAGUACAAUGUGUUUUUGUUAGACAGAGAUCUAUUUAUAAAUAUAAUUAAAAAAAUAAAAAUAAUGUUUUCUUUAAGGUGGUUGCGAGCGAGAAAAUGUAAACUUGUUAAUAAAAUCUAUUUUUGUCCACCCCCCCACCCCCCCACAUUAUUACAUUUCGAACAAAAUUCCAAAAGUUCGAACAAAUUUUCGUUUGCAGAAACUUCCGUAGAACAAUUUAACGGCUAACACAUUUCUUUUUCGUACAAAUAUCCGGUAACAACGCGAUGUACUUAGUGAAUGACUAACUAAAUAGGUGAGUUUUGCUCUGUCAGGGAGGCUUUAAGACUGAAUUAAUAAAAAAAAAAACAAAAAAAAAAAAGGAAUGUCCACUGUCGUCUGCGUGUGUGUGUGUAUGUGCGUCUAACACAGUUGAUCUGACCAAGACGUUUGACUUAGUCAGUCGAGGUGGCCUGUGGAAGGACUUACUCAGUCGAGGCGGCCUGUGGAAGAUAAUGGUGAAGCUUGGCUGCCCGAGUAGAUUUAUUACAAUUAGUACGCCAACUCCAUGACGACAUUAUGGCUAGGGUGACGUCAUGAUGAUAUGAUGGUUAGGGUGAUGUUAAUAGGUGAGUUUUGCUCUGUCAGUGAGGCUUUAAAACUGAAUUAAUAAAAAAAAAAACAAAAAAAAAAAGGAAUGUCCACUGUCGUCUGCGUGUGUGUGUGUGUGUGCGUCUAACACAGUUGAUCUGACCAAGACGUUUGACUUAGUCAGUCGAGGUGGCCUGUGGAAGGACUUAGUCAGUCGAGGCGGCCUGUGGAAGAUAAUGGUGAAGCUUGGCUGCCCGAGUAGAUUUAUUACAAUUAGUACGCCAACUCCAUGAUGACAUUAUGGCUAGGGUGACGUCAUGAUGAUAUGAUGGUUAGGGUGAUGUCAUGAUGAUAUGAUUGCUAGGGUGAUGUCAUGAUGGUAUGAUGGCUAGGGUGAUGCUAUGAUGAUAUGAUGGCUUGGGUGAUGUCAUGCUGGUAUGAUGGCUAAGGUGAUGUCAUGAUGGUAUGAUGGCUAGGGUGAUGUUAUGAUGAUAUGAUCGUUAGGGUGUGUCAUGAUGAUAUGAUGGCUAGGGUGAUGUCUUUAUGAUAUGAUGGUUAGGGUGAUGUCAUGAUGGUAUGAUGGCUAGGGUGAUGUCAUGAUGGUAUGAUGACUAGGGUGAUAUCAUGAGGGUAUGAUGGCUAGGGUGAUAUUAUGAUGAUAUGAUGGCUAGGGUGGUGGAUUCUUGGUAUAAGUCUGUGCCUUUUUCAGCAACUGAUGGCGUAAAAUAAGGCUGUGUUCUAGCUCCAAAACUUUCUUGUUUUCUUGUUUUUGUGAAAAAAUCUUCGGAAGGCUUAAUGACCCACUUCCUGUCAUCCUAUCGUGCUGAAACUCGGCACUUAGACUUGUUGCCGAUGACAACACUUUCUUUCGAAUUUUCACGCCCACCCUCCUACAACAAUCCCCUGAAUAAAUUUUUUCCUGUUUUUUUAGGGGGAAGAUGGGAGGAAUAGGAUUUGUUCAAUGGGUGCGUGAUUUGGUGUGGAGAUUAAUUGUGUAGCUGUUGCUAUGUACUUUGUAAUUGCGACGCAAUUAGGUUUAAACAUAGCUCUAGUCUAAUAGGUUUGACAUGCACUAAGUUGAAUGAAAACCACCCUCUUCCUAAAAAAUCAGUUGCUACAAUUUGCAUAAAUGAUAAAUCACGAAAAAUUACAUAAAUGCAAAUAGAAAUGCCAAUAAAUUAUUUAUAACAGUGGUUCUUAACCUGGGUUCGAUCGAACCCCAGGGGUUCGGUGAGUCAGUCUCAGGGGUUCGAUGGAGGUCCCAAAAAUCUUUUUUUUAAAAAAUCAUAUUUUAUUUUUCCUAUUAGGAAGGGUUCGGUGAUUGCGCAUAUGGAACUGGUGGGGUUUGGUACGUCCAAAAAGGUUAAGAACCACUGAUUUAUAAUAAAAAGCACCAAGCUGUAUCCUCCAUUUAUGGUGUUCCCUUGGGCGUGAAGAGGGGCGAUUUGCUGUCUAGGGAGCAAACUUAUAGUCUUAAAGAACAAAUCCCAGGACUUGUUAUUUCCUCCUGCGAAGUCACACCAUUGCCACAUUGGGGCACCAUCGUCACAUUGGGGCACCAUCGCCACAUUGGGUGCACUAUCGCCACAUUGGGGCACCAUCGCCACAUUGGGGCACCAUCGUCACAUUGGGCACCAUCGUCACAUUGGGCACCAUCGUCACAUUGGGGCACCCUCGCCACAUUGGGGCACCAUCGCCACAUUGAGGCACCAUCGUCACAUUGGGCACCAUCGUCACAUUGGGCACCAUCGUCACAUCGGGGCACCCUCGCCACAUUGGGGCACCAAUCGUCACACGGGGCACCAUCGUCACAUUGGGGCACCAUCGUCACAUUGGGCACCAUCGUCACAUGGGGGCACCCUCGCCACAUUGGGGCACCAAUCGUCAUACUGGGCACCAUCGUCACAUUGGGCACCAUCGUCACAUUGGGCACCAUCGUCACAUUGGGGCACCCUCGCCACAUUGGGACACCAAUCGUCACACGGGGCACCAUCGUCACAUUGGGGCACCAUCGUCACAUUGGGGCACAAUCGUCACAUUGGGGCACCAUCGUCACAUUGGGGCACCAUCGUUACAUUGGGGAACCAUCGCCACAUUGGGACAAACAGAUACCAGCUAAAAAAAAGUUAAAAAAUAUAUACUCUUUUUUUUGGAGGCUUGUCUAAAUAGCAUAACAUUCUUGGCAAUGCUGACAGAUGCUUUCCUUGACAAUUAUGGCGGCAUUCUUUAAAGGCGGGGGUCUAUUUAAUCUUAGGACACUGCAAGCCAUUGCGAAAAUAAAGGAAACAGUUAUUCGAGACAUCUUGUUUCUUGACGACUGUGCCCUAAAUGCAAGUUCUGACCUGAUAAUGCUGCUAAUACUUAAUUGCUAUGUUAAGGCCUGCUACAUCUCGGUAGCAUCAUGAAUUGUUACCUCGGUAGUAUCAUGAAAUGUUAUCUCGGUAGUAUCAUGCAUUGUUAUCUCUGUAGUAUAAUGAAUUGUUAUAUCGGUAGUAUCAUGAAAUGUUAUCUCGGUAGUAUCAUGAAUUGUUAUCUCAGUAGUAUCAUGAAAUGUUAUCUCGGUAGUAUCAUGAAUUGUUAUCUCGGUAGUAUCAUGAAAUGUUAUCUCGGUAGUAUCAUGAAAUGUUAUCUCGGUAGUAUCAUGAAUUGUUAUCUCGGUAGUAUCAUGAAAUGUUAUCUCGGUAGUAUCAUGAAUUGUUAUCUCGGUAGUAUCAUGAAAUGUUAUCUCGAUAGUAUCAUGAAUUGUUAUCUCGGUAGUAACAUGAAAUGUUAUCUCGGUAGUAUCACGAAAUGUUACCUCGGUAGUAUCAUGAAAUGUUACCUCGGUAGUAUCACGAAAUGUUACCUCGGUAGUAUCAUGAAAUGUUUUCUCGGUAGUAUCAUGAAAUGUUACCUCGGUAGUAUCAUGAAAUGUUACCUCGGUAGUAUCAUGAAAUGUUACCUCGGUAGUAUCAUGAAAUGUCAUCUCGGUAGUAUCAUGAAAUGUUAUCUCGUUAUUUAGCCAAAUCAUUUGACAGCUCGUUAUUUAGCCAAUCAUUUGACAGCUCGUUAUUUAGCCAAUCAUUUGACAGCUCGUUAUUUAGCCAAAUCAUUUGACAGCUCGUUAUUUAGCCAAUCAUUUGACAGCUCGUUAUUUAGCCAGUCAUUUGACAGCUCUUUAUUUAGCCAAUCAUUUGACAGCUCGUUAUUUAGCCAAUCAUUUGACAACUCGUUAUUUAGCCAAUAAUUUGACAGCUCGUUAUUUAGCCAAUCAUUUGACAGCUCGUUAUUUAGCCAAUCAUAUGAAAGAUCGUUAUUUAGCCAGUAAUCUGAUAGCUCGUUAUUUAGCCAGUAAUCUGAUAGCUCGUUAUUUAGCCAGUAAUCUGAUAGCUCGUUAUUUAGCCAAUCAUAUGACAGCUCGUUAUUUAGCCAAUCAUUUGACAGCUCAGCCAAUCAUUGUUUUUUUUUUUUCAACAAAUUUAUAUUGGCUUUGCAUGAUGUUCAUCAUCUUGGAGUUAUUUAGCAGCGGCACACCUAGCAUCGUCGCGCGACACACCGGUUGCGGAGCUCUGGCGCAGCUAGAUUAUAGUAUGUGCCGCACAGGCGGAGCCUAGAUUUAUUUACGCCCCCCACUCCCCCAGAAAUACCUGCAUUAGGCCAUACAUGCCUCCCCUCAAUAUUUAGAAAAAGUAAGUGCCGCCUGGAGAGGCCCUUCCCCACUCCCCCCUUUCCUACGCUAGGGCCUGUAGUAUGCCCCUACUUAGUACAGUCAGAUGAGAUGCACUGUGUGACCUUGGGGGCCAAACAUGUGGCACCACAAAAAUAGGACGUCAUUGUGUCAUACUAGAAAACAGGUUUUAAAUUCCAGAAAACCCCGAAUAAAAAAACAAACCAAAAAAAACAAAACAACAACAACAACUGUAUUCCAAAGUUAAUCCCACAUAUAAUUUCUAUGAAGUUAUAAACUCCAAGUCUCUCGCUGUAUGAACAUUUGACAUAACUGUAUGUAUUGUUUUAUUUAGACACGACUUUUGCUGGAAAGACACUCUGUGGUGACAUGUCAACUUACAUUGAAACUGCUUGUUGUCUCAACGCGUCAGUUCAAAUUGUACACGGCAGUCAUUGUCAGAUGAUGUCAGAACGUACAUCAUUAUAGUUCGCGUGUUCGUUACUCUCAGGAGACAGUUUGAGUGUGUAUAACUUGCAGUGACAAUUAGUUCAUUACUCGCAGUGACAGUUUAUUCGUAAUUUGCAUUGUCAGUUUGUUCAUAACGUGCAGUAAUAUUUUGUUCAUAAAUUGCAGUUACAGUUAUUCCUUAGCUUGCUGUGACAGCUUGUUCGUAAUUUUCUGUGACAGUUUUUGUGUUCAUAACUUGAAGUGACAGUUUUUCCAUAACGUUCAGUGACAGUUUAUUCGUAAUGAGCUGUGACAAUUGGUUCGUUACUUGAUGUGAUAGUUUGUGUGUGCAUGACCUGUAGUUUUAGCUUGUGUAUCUUAGUCACUCCUGGUUAAAGUUCAUGUGUGUGUACAUGACUUGCAGUGACAGUGUGUCUGUGUACGUGGCUGGUAUGUGCAGUUUUGGAGCACCAUGACCCAGUUAGAUCCCUGUGUUGUCACCGUGCAGUGCAGUGACACACCACUUGAAUGUCGCAGACAGUAUAAGCGUCUCGUUUCCGUUUGUUGUCAAGUGUGUAAGUACCGUGCCAGCCUUGGAACAAGUCUCUCACGUCUGCUGGUGGUAAACUGAUGCAUGAUGGUGUAGUGCUGGGGGUCAAGAAACGCCAUCUAGCUGGUGGAGAAUUACACUGGACAAGCACGGCCUACAGGGCCGUAUUGUUUUGAUCUUUAUAUGGCCAUUUCAGGUCGUCAGUUAAGUUUCUCCACAGGAUUAUAUGUAAACACACUUCAAACAGCUCCAAUCAUCAAGGAAGACAUCGUCAAACUUGUACAUUGGAAGACACAAUUUUAACCUUCCAUGACUAUUUUUUUUAGGUGACCCAGAGUGCCACAGUGUCUGUAUCCGGUGAACACUAACUUAAGGUGCAUGUCGUCUGUCCACCCGAGGUGUCAGCUCGUUUGAUAUGUGAGGAAUUUUCAACACAUUCUCUGCUUCAUUUACUUGUUAACUCUUUUCUCAAAUGUCCGACAAACUUGAUGUAACUAGUGGUAUAUAUUCGGAGGGGUACCCUCACCAAGUGCCGCCUCCCCCACCACCAGUGAAAGUGUUCACGGUCGGCUCUGCCAACUUGAGAGAAAGAACUGCUGGGUACGGUGCGCUCAAACUGUACCCAGCGGGAGGACCACCAACAGAAGAGCUCUCGGGGCCCUGUGGGACUGCAGCAUCAAAUUUUGAUGCGGAGCUCAUAGCUAUACACAGGGCCUUGGAGAGAAUUCAUGACACAUUGAAAGGGACGGAACAUGCGGGGCUUGAUGUAGUUGUCUACUCAAGAUCUGCUGUCGACAUUUUGGGAAGAGACAAAGUACCACACACUUGGUCGACGUCAUUACCAACGACGUGUGCAAAAUUGGUGAACUAGGGGGCAAGGUGAUAAUACAGUGGAUACCUGGCCACGUCAAUAUCAGUUGGGUCAUUGGUCGGUUAGGUUGAGGCUUGGAAGAGCCUUGUUUCCCAAUAUAGUCAGCUCUGUCUUGAGGGGGGAUCCCCGCGUGUACCGGGAUCCAUUGGAGGGUCACCGUGCCUCCGUGAGACCGUAUGUCUCGUACGAGCUCCAGUAUUGCUUGUGCCAUCUUCGUGUCCAAGGAGCACCGUUUCACAAUUUCUAGAGCAUAUUGUGAAUUGGUGAACACUGCGAUGGAAUUAAGUGUUUUUCGUCUGGCUAGCCGUCGACGCACUUGUUUCAAGCCCAUUAAAAUACCUUCGACUUCUGUGUCAGUUGCAGAGCUAUUUGUGCCGCUUGGGCCUGAAAUCUCCUCUGCUGUAGGUACCCCCUUUGGAUACUGUAUUAGUGCGCCGUAGCCUGCCCGCUCGCUGGCGAGAUAGGAGCCGUCUGUAAAGACUGUAAAGACUUAUUUUCUGUCUCGGGUUGAUCCUGUAGUAUAGGCCAAAACGUGCCAAAGUAUAUAGCCAUUUUAAUGUUUAAGCUACUGUUCCUAUAGUCAUUUUUAACAUAGUUGUUACUAUUCUAGUGUCUCUGUUUUUUUUAUUUGUAUGUUACUUUAGCAGUUUAAAUAAUGUACAUGUUGUUAAUAAUUGUGAAGCGCUUACAGCUUUAAGGUAAGCGCUAGAUAAAAAUCCCUAAAUAAAUAAAUAAAGAAAUGUCGUCCUUGUAAGCCUCAAUUGUCUCUAGAGCUGCCCCAUUUUGCUCUCGGGACACCUAAAUGUCCUGUUUCUAAAACCAAACACAUUUUCAAAUCACUAAUAACGUCACAUUGGAGAUGGCGUCGGUGGGUCGUCGAGCGCGAGCUCAUGAUAACCCCCCCCCCGGCACACCUUCACACGGGCCAGACGCUGGGUCUCCCUGCCGCCAGACCAUACGGAAGCACGUUGGGAACCUCCCCCCUGGCCUGGGGGACGUCCGGUCGACAUAAAACGCUGCGUUUAAAGCGUUCGCGGUCAACUCUCCGUGGAUCAGAACGGCUUUGCUUCCACUCCGGGGGAAAGGUGUUGCGUUACCAACCCCCACCAAAUCCCUAAAACUUCCUAAUUUAUAAUAUAACUUCAAGCAAUAUUUUAGCUAGCUGUGUAGCCAGUGACAGUAGUGAUGUGGGCUCGCGUGAUGGCUGCCCUGUACCCCCCCCCCCUUUUUUCCACCACUCUCCCGACCCUGCGUAAACGACAGCGUCCCUGCCAUAGCUCUUCUAUGUAUAAAUAAAUAAGUAUUCACUGCAAAAUUGUUUUUUUCGUUUAUUGUGAUGUGGGCUCGCGUGAUGGCUGCCCUGUACCCCCCCCCCCUUUUUUCCACCACUCUGCCGACCCUGCGUAAACGACAGUGUCCCUGCCAUAGAUCUUAUAUGUAUAAAUAAAUAAGUAUUCACUGCAAAAUUGUUGUUUUCGUUUAUGAUAUGCCUCAGAGUUUAAAUUAAAUUUUAAAAAAGUGAAGGUAAAUUUAAUAAGAUUUCUAGGUCUCAAAAUAGUUAAAAUUAGCAUAUUUCAAGAAACAGUUUCCGGCGGAGGCCCCCGGACCACUCUUUAGUUAGAGGGUAUCCCCCCCCCCACCCUCCUUGGAUCUGUCCCGUUUUUUUCCAGUUCAUGAUUCGGUCAUCCUAACCUAUGGGCUUGUUAAUAUUAGUUCGUGGACAAGAGUCAGUACGUUUGGUUGAUGUUCUUGAGAUAUUAACGUAGAGCUACAUAUUCUUUAUUUACUUGAACGUAGACCUACUUAUUCUUUAAGUACUAUAUAGCUACUGUGUUUAUUUAGGUUCAAGCUAAUUGCCAAGAGCAUGGCCACAAUUUCUGGACCAUUGGUUAUCGUUUUUCAUGGAAAAAUAAAUGUGGGCCCUAUCUAUUGUAUCCUCCUAUUAUUAAGGCAAAAACCUUUUUUUGUGUGGUUGUUAUAGCAAGUUGCCGCCCACCAAAAAGUACCACUGGUGGAGUGUGUGUGUUAGUGUGUGUGUGAAUUGCCACAUCCGCACCUCUGGUGUCAGGAAAUAAGGUAAACACUAAUGAGCAAUCUUUAGAAACCACCCACAUUCCUAAUUGAUCACUAUCACAAGAAGAGCUCUCUUAAUCGGAGUCCUAUUCUUAACAUUUCCUUGAGUUUCACCUUUGAUGGUCGUCUCUUCUAAGUCUAAAUAUCGAAAGAUUGCGGUGGAACGUUUGGGUUGAUCUAAAUGACGACAGGUUCUAGAUGUUUGAUUCACUCCAAGCAUGAUCCUAUUGGUCCAUAACAGAAGAUUAUUUACUGGGACUUAACCGGGUACAUUUUUUUACCCCUGCUCUUGGUAUUUUGAGAAAAUACCCGUUGGGUCCGAGAGUUACAAAAAAAAAGUUAACUUUUCAUUUUCAAUAAUAUAUGCCAGCCUUUAUACAAUAGGCCUACAGACAGUCCUACAGAUGGUCGGUCCUACAGAGAGUCCUUCACCACACCAUUGGCUCUUUAUUGUUUAAUAUAAUCGUCUCCUCCUAAAAAAAUUAAACCUUUUUUACUCGAGUUCAACCGUCACGCAAGACGCUCGCUGUUCACAGCUUUUUUUUUACAAAGUCUGUAUAAGACAUGUUGAGUAGGGGAGGGCCGGUUGAGAAAAUGUGAAAAGGAAGCAAGACACACCAGAAGCAGUAUAUAUAUAUAUAUAUAUAUAUAUAUAUAUAUAUACAUAUCAGGUGCCUCCUUUAUUUUAAGAUAAUAAUAUUAUUGGGUUGAAGACAUUCGUUGACUUAAGUAAUGUGUAAAAAUCGUAGACAGGGGAAAAUGAAUAGGUUGUACUUUUUUGAUGUACUAGAUCAUUGACUGACUUAUAUUAUGUACACAUCUAAAGUCAGACGACCUUAAGUCCUAAGCAGUUUAAUCUCCCCGUAAAGCCGUGUUGAUAACAGUGGCAGUCUAUAUUAUCUAUCACACUUCAAUUAUGUUUUUGUGACCCUGUAAGUGUAAGUCUGUCGCGAGUUUGGUAAUCAGAUAACUGAUCUCCAACGCUCUCCUGGCUUGCCUUUCCCGUCGUCCCGCUGGCCGGCCCGUGAACCCAGAGAGGUACAGCACGGUACUCAAAAUAAGUCCUGUCACACAACUCCUCUGGCCACAGAUCAAGUUCACUGUUGUUGUGGUGAGGCGGCAGCGUGGUUUCAAUGGGAUUAGAUUACGUCAACAGCGUGUUGGUGCGGCUAAAGACCUAGAGACGUCCAAGUAUUCUUUUGUUUAGCUGCUGUGAUAAAUGUGUAUAGUGAUAACUAUGUCCUUCUGAUUGGGAUACGUUUAUUUUGUUAUGGUAGAUAUAGAAAUAAGACUUUCCAAUGGCUGAGGCGUAAGUUCCGAUAAAGACUAUUACUAUUAAGAAAGGGGGCUGGGGAAAGUAUACACCGUGUCGUAGUGGUAAGACUUGGCUUAAAAGGUUGUACAGUGUGCGGUGGCGCCGGUGGCGUUUAAUUACACAAAUACGAUAGGGGCGCCCGAGCUAAGAUCACGCCCUUUGAUUCGUAGUCAAAUAUUUUUUUAUAUGAUCUCCCGUAGUAAGAAGGCCAUCAACUCUAAUAGAAAUUGUGGGCGAGGACUGAAUACGGAACAAACAUUUGUAUUAAUUAAAUUACGGUAACUUUCAACAUUAUCAACCAUCCAAUAUAAGCCUGUAAGAUUAUUUGCUCAUAGGGAGCAUCUAUCCAAUAUAAGCCUGUAAGAUUAUUUGUUCAUAUGAAGCAUCUAUAAGCCUGUAAGAUUAUUUGUUCAUAGGGAGCAUCUAUCCAAUAUAAUAAGUCUGUAAGAUUAUUUGUUUAUAAGGAGCAUCUAUCCAAUAUAAGCCUGUAAGAUUGUUUGUUCAUAGGGAGCAUCUAUCCAAUAUAAGCCUGUAAGAUUAUUUGUUUAUAAGGAGCAUCUAUCCAAUAUAAGCCUGUAAGAUUAUUUGUUCAUAGGGAGACUCUAUCCAAUAAAUGCCAAUAUAAGCUUAUUUCACUACUUUUUCAUAAAGAGCUUCCAUCCAACAUGAUCAUAUUUAAUUUAUUUGUUCAUGGAGAGGUGCUCAUUUUUAAAAUUUUCCAUUGCAUCUUAAAAAUGACAUUUUCGGUGUUGAUUGUAUCUUACAAAUGACAUUUGGUGGUGUUGAUUUUGUUACAGAUGACAUUUGGUGGUGAUGAUUGUAUGUUACAGAUGACAUUUGGUGAUGAUGAUUGUAUGAAACAGAUGACAUUUGGUGAUGAUGAUUGUAUGUUACAGAUGACAUUUGGUGAUGAUGAUUAGAUAUUACGGAUGAAUUGUUUAGUGUUAAUUGUACGUUGCACAUAGUUAACACUACUAUCUUCUGUGACAAUACAAUCUGACUAUAUUUACAAAGACAAUCAAAGUUAUACGAGCCUGCUACUGCUACAUAGAAGCAGAAUGAUUGUAUUUUGACAUAAAAUGAUUGCCCAACCGUUUAUUACUUCCUAUAAAGAUAAGGUGACCGUAUCUAAUCGUUGAGUCUUACGCACUCUUUGUGUAGUGAUAAGAGUGGACAUUUCUUUGUGUAUUGAUAAGAGUAGACAUUUAAUUUUCUUUGUGUAGUGAUAAGAGUGGACAUUUCUUUGUGUAGUGAUAAGAGUGGACAUUUCUUUGUGUAGUGAUAAGAGAGGACAUUUCUUUUUGUAGUGAUGAGAGUGUACAUUUCUUUGUGUAGUGAUAAGAGUGGACAUUUCUUUGUGUAGUGAUAAGAGAGGACAUUUCUUUUUGUAGUGAUGAGAGUGUACAUUUCUUUGUGUAGUGAUAAGAGUGGACAUUUCUUUGUGUAGUGAUGAGAGUGGGCAUUUCUUUGUGUAGUGAUAAGAGAGGACAUUUCUUUGUGUAGUGAUGAGAGUGGACAUUUCUUUGUGUAGUGAUGAGAGUGGACAUUUCUUUGUGUAGUGAUGAGAGUGUACAUUUCUUUGUGUAGUGAUAAGAGUGGACAUUUCUUUGUGUAGUGAUAAGAGUGGACAUUUCUUUGUGUAGUGAUAAGAGAGGACAUUUCUUUUUGUAGUGAUGAGAGUGUACAUUUCUUUGUGUAGUGAUAAGAGUGGACAUUUCUUUGUGUAGUGAUGAGAGUGGGCAUUUCUUUGUGUAGUGAUAAGAGUGGACAUUUCUUUGUGUAGUGAUGAGAGUGGACAUUUCUUUGUGUAGUGAUGAGAGUGGACAUUUCUUUGUGUAGUGAUAAGAGUGGACAUUUCUUUGUGUAGUGAUGAGAGUGUACAUUUCUUUGUGUAGUGAUAAGAGUGUACAUUUCUUUGUGUAGUGAUAAGAGUGGACAUUUCUUUCUGUAGUGAUAAGAGUGGACAUUUCUUUGUGUAGUGAUAAGAGUGGACAUUUCGAUAAUGCUGUAAUAAGUACAAGAGUUUUUCUUUCACUGAGAACAGGUGUUUAUAAAUGAAUAAUUUUGCGUAGCUGUUAUUUUAAUCUCAUGUUUCGUUUUGCUACUUUAUGAUUAGGUGAAGCGCGGUGAGCCUAGCCCUAGGCUGGGGACCGCGUCAUAUAAGACCACUCAAAUAAUAAUAAAAAUAAUAAUGACCAUCUGGCCUCGCAUCCCGGGAAAUCUCAAGUAAUGCUCUUGUAGUAAGAUUUUGGCGGGAGGUUGUGGUCUCCGUCCUAUUGCCUAAUGGUGCCCCCCCCCCCUUUUUUUUUUCCUUCCCCAAGUUUUCUGAAGCAUGGAAACUUUUCCUUUUUAAAAUCCGGGAAAUCUCCAGUAAUGCUCUUGUAGUAAGAUUUUGGCGGGAGGUUGUGGUCUCCGUCCUCUUGCCUAAUGGUGCCCCCCCCCCCUUUUUUUUUUCCUUCCCCAAGUUUUCUGAAGCAUGGAAACUUUUCCUUGAUAAAAGAAUGUGUUGUUUACUGUUGUGUUAUUAGCAUCAGUUUCUUAACAGCGUGUCUCACCUCGUUUAUAUCAAGAUAAUCAUCGGUUGCCCCUUUAUUUCAAUAUUAAUAUCUGUUGACUUCAUUAUUUAAAGAUAAUCAUUGGUUUUCCCCUUUAUUUAAUAAUAGUCGCUGGUGCCUCCUUUAUUUUAAGAUACCUAUUGGUGCCCUCUGUUGAACAAAAAUUCCAUUAACCACUUCUCCUUUUUAUCCUUAUGUUUCCAUAUAAUAUUGUAGCACAUAAUCUGAGACUCCUUUAAUCAAGUGCUUUAGUCAAGUUAUUUUGUUUAUUCGCCGAGUCGCUACCCUCGUGGUGUUGACAUUUGAGAUUCCCUGACUCGUUAUAAGGAAGUAGUGAGGUGUUGGGUGGCCGAGCGGUCUAAACUGUCUCAAACCAAAUAGCUGGUGGUCUGGAGUUCAAUCUCCACAAAAGCACCAACAUCUCAAGCACACCGGGUGGAGGGGACUCGUUAGCUUUGGACGGCAACCCAUCUAAGAGAAGGCAUGGGACUCGUUAGCCUUGGACGGCAACCCAUCUAAGAGAAGGCAACCCAUCCAAGAGAAUGCAAACUCUGAAUUUAAAUCAGGAGCCAGAAUGAUCAACAAAUUGAUCGUGGGCCCCUCAAAUAUAAGAAGAAGAAGAAGUAAUGUUUCAAAAAUGUUAGACUCCCUGAUUAAUAUUGUUGACAUUUGAGAUUCAUGGGCUUGCUAUCGUCAAGAGAUGUUGUAGGGAUUUGAGACUCUCUGACUAGAUAUCGUUAAGAGAUGUUUUUGACAUCUGAGACUCCCUGACUAGAUAUCGUUUUUUCAGAUUUGAGACCCCCUUGACUCCCUAUCGCCAAGAGAUAUUGUUGGUAUGUUAUCACGCCUACAAAACAAUAUAAAAUGAUUAUAUACAGCCCUACCAAGAAAACAAUUGUAUGGGCUUAUGAUUAUAAACAGCUCUAUGACCCGCGAGUUCCCCGGGCAGUCGGAGUGGGUCGUGUUAUUCUUACGGCGGGAAUGUCAUCAAACAACAGCAUGAGUAUUCCAUUGGAUGAUCUGAACCCGUUCCCUGGCGUUGUUAUAAUAAACUACAUAUGCCAGUGCUGGAAAUAAUAUUUUAAAAAAAGACUUUUUGUAACAUUUGGCGCUCAAAUCAACCGACGCCCCCACCACCCCACCCACCUCCAACACCCCACUCAUGUACGGUUCCACUCCUCCACUAUCCUAUUUUGUAACCCAUAUCGACUUUGAAUGGGGGGGAAAAAAAACUCAUUGAACUUUAAAGUUAAAGCUUAUCGUUUUUUCUUCACGGCCAUUAUAUUUCCGCGUAACGUGCGGCAUUUCUGAUAUACCCAAUCAAAGAUUUGAUGGAAGGCAGACGACAGAAAUAGGAUGACGUUUUAUUGCUGUGUCGUCAUCUUCCCCCCCCCCCCCCUUUUUUUUCUAACGAAAAGGAUGACGAACAUUUGGGAAAAAAGCAACCGGAACAAAAAUCUUAAAAGGGGAUUAAAAAUACAAACCGACGAAACGAGGAUAUUCAAGGGAAACGAUUAAAAGAAAAUUCUAAAUAAAUGUAGGCUCAGUUAUCAUUCCUUAGUGUUACAUUAAGAAAUGGCGUCAGCGGGCCGUCGAGCUUGCGCUCUUUAUGCCCUCCCCAAAAUACCCCUCCUUAACCCGGUAUCGGGCCGCGGAGUGGCACGUCGGGGAUGUCCCUUUGUCAGGACAGCCCCCACCCGAGUCUGCUCGACCAGGGUCUCAGCCGGGGGCCGUCCUAACCCAAAGACACCCGGUCGGCCCGACACUGUGUUUGAACACAGUGCACACGAUCGACUUUCUCAGGAGUCGGGAUGGACAAAUGUGCGUCCUAAUAUCUUCCCCCACCCAUCCCGGGGAAGCGUUAGACGCCCUAUAAGAGGGAUUCUACAGUGGGUUUCCACAACGCAACUAAUUCGCGAUGCAGCUGGGACGAAACGGUUGCCUUGGAGCAGCUUCUCAGGUCUGCGUAGUAAGAAUCAUCGGCCAGAGGUUACCACCUUCGCCUCUCGCCUCAUAUCCAUUAACGGCAACUUUUAACCAUGAUCCCUACCCUGUCUCUGCCUAUUGUUUCAGUUGGGAAAUAUCACAACUGGCAGCCCUGUAGGAGCUGUUUUAUGUACAGCAGGUAACGAGCACAUCCCUUGUCUGCCCACGCAGGACGCGCCCAGUAGUUGUGUUCCCCGGGUAACGUCGAGGGGGUCGGUGGCCGACGCCUCCUAAUCGACAAGCCACCGCAGACUUCAUUCCUUAUUGAACCGUUUAAUUUCUCUCUCUCUCGGUCUCUCAAUAUUUAUAUGUAUUUUUUUUUAUUGUUGGUUUUAAAAAAAAAUAUGGAAGGAUGGGGUGGGUAGGUGCAUGAUUGUGUGGGUGUGGGGUGGUGAGGGAGAAGGGUGCGAGAGAGAAAUUUAAAUCUGGAAAAAAUCUUUUUUGAAAAUUAUUUCAAAGUGAAACAUUUUUUAAUCCAAAGUUUAAUUAGAUUUCUAUAAAUCUGACUUAAAUGUGUUCGGACAUGCUGACAUUUAAAACAGUGCUUUUCAUGGUGGAAUCAUUAGUAAUGUUUUCUGUGAAAUUAGUGGUCUUCAAAAUGGAAUAAAUCAUGAUUGACUGGUUUCAAUAAACAAAGAAAACAUGCCAAAAAAAGGUUUGUUUAGCUUGAAGCUAACGCUAUUCAAAGUUAUUUUUUUACCACGUUUUGCAUUACAGCAGUGGUUCUCAACCCUCCUGAUGCCAUGACCCCUUAAUACAGUUCCUCAUGUUGUGGUGAUGCUCUCACCAUAAAUUAUUCUCAUUUCUACUUCAUAGAUAUGUGUUUCCUGACGGUCUUAGGCGACCCCUGCGUAAGGGUCGUUCGACCCCACAAAGGGGUCGUCACCCACAGGUUGAGAACUGCUGCAUUAAAGGGUGACUGAUCACUAUACAAGUUGUUAGUGAAACUUGUUCACAUCUAUUUAUUACCUUUACUGACCAAUGUCCAAUAUCUCUUAUUAAACUGACCACUAAAUCUCAUGUCAACGUCACAGGUAACAAACAAUGGCCUCAUCCAUCAGACGCCCUCCUGACUGGUCACAUUCUCUACACAAUCAAAGUAAGUCAAGAUGUUAUUCAGCUUUAUCUUGAUUAUUAUCAGUUUAUAUUAAAUUGUUAUACAAAACAAUUUAUAUUAGAUCUACUGUAACAGAAGCAUUUAUAUUAGAUCUACUGUUAAAGAACCAUAUAUAUUACAUCCACUGUUACAGAAGAAUUUAUAUUUGAUCUGCUGUUACAGAAACAUAUAUAUAAGAUCUACUGUUACAGAAGCAUUUAUAUUUGAUCUGCUGUUACAGAAACAUAUAUAUAAGAUCUACUGUUACAGAAGCAUUUAUAUUUGAUCUGCUGUUACAGAAACAUAUAUAUAAGAUCUACUGUUACAGUAGCAUUUAUAUUUGAUCUACUGUAACAGAAACAUGUAGGAUUUGAUCUACUAAGACAUAAGAAUAUUUGAAGAAGAGAUAAAAGGAAUUAGUCUUGUUGUGAUGCUGACUAAAGAAAUAUUUAUUUUUAGUUUCUUGGCGAAUGUAUGGUUGACCAACCCAAAGGAACAGAAGUUGUGAGAGAUGCCAUCAGGAAAAUGAAGGUGACUGAAUUACUCAAGACAUAUUCAGCUAUUUUUCUUUCUUCUAUAUGACAUUAUCAUAUAUCACAUCGGUCAUUAUAUAUAUAUAUAUAUGACAUUAUCAUCCAUUUUAUAUGAUGAUAUCAGUCAUUCUAUAUGACAAAUGAUAUUCUUAAAAUUGUCUUUGGAGUUUUUAGAGAAAUUAAUUAUUUUUAGGAGAAUCAGAAAUUUAUGACAACAAUUUUAUGAGUGUCUGCGUGCAUGCUUACAUGUGUGGGUGUGUUGAAACAUAGAUUUCAUUUCUUGACCUAAGUCAAGUUUAUGAUGAUUGACUGUUUAUAUUAUGACUCAGUGUUUAAAAAAAAAAAUGUAAUCUUGAAUUCUGACCUUUCUAUCUCCCAGUUCAACAAACACCUGAAAAGGGCUGAAGGACAGAAGCCACCUAAAGUUGAGCUCCUCAUCUCUGCUGAUGCUGUGACUGUGCUGGAUCCUAAAUCAAGGGUAGGUCUAAGUUCAAGGCCAGGUUGCAGGGGUCAGGCUUAAAAAAUAUAUGACUAACAAUACCAAUAAGAAUGAUUGAGAUGGGUAGGGACUUGAUAAACUUUCACGCUUAUGUCUAAAGUUGUCAAAAAAUGUAUCUUUAAAUAGAAAAAACCUUUAACGGUACCAAUGAUUGGGGCCAAGAUAUUCACAGAUUUUGUUUAAAUAGUUUGUUAAAAAGUUUAAUGUUUUUAAAAAAAAAUUAAGAAAUAGCCUAAAUAAGGUAGAACAAUGCAAAUUAAGAUUAAGAUAAUAAUAUGUAGACAGCUUUGCUGUCAUGUCAUUAUUUAUAAUUCAUUAUAAUUUUCUACAGGCCUCUACGUUCUUGUUAUUGACAGAUCCUCAACAAAAAAAUCUAUUUAAAAAAGAUGUUUCAUUUCCCCACAGACCAUAAUUCACCAAUACCCUCUACACAGAAUCUCCUACUGUGCGGAUGACAAGUCAGACAAGAGAAUGUUCACAUUUAUUGCUAAAGAGGCCAAUGGCAACCAACAUUUUUGUUAUGUAUUUGACAGUGAAAGAUGUGUAGGUUGAAAAAAUAUUCAUAAUUUUGUUGAUACUUUUAUGCUAAAUUUACAUGUUCAUAUUUCUAAGAAACUGUAGGAAUUAUUUAACACUUAAAAAUAUUAUUUUAAAUUAAAGAUGCACGUUUGUUUCCUUGGUAAAAUGACUAGGAGUAGGCUACUUUGUAUGGAUUUUAAAGAAUGAGUUUUUCCCCCCCUCAAGGCAGAGGAGAUAACCCUUACAAUUGGACAAGCUUUUGAUCUGGCAUACAAACGUUUUCUAGACUCGUCUACCACGGAUGUUGAUGUGAGGAAACAACUUUUAACACUACAGAAGAAGGUAAGGAGAACAUGCAGGGUUUUUAUCUCUGCUGAAUAUCAUCUGCCUCCUCAUCCCCUCUAGCAUAAACAGAUGAGGCUGUACAGCCCCAGGGGCUGCACUUUUUGUGGAAUUUCAUUUUGGAGUACAUUGAGGGUCUGAUUAUUUUGUAAGUUAAAAUUUAGGAAGUGUAGAGCAUUUGCUCACCUUAACCCCCCCCCCCAACUCUUCUUCUUCUUCUAUAUCUUAAGGGCCCACGAUCAAUUUAUUGAUAAUUUUGGCUCCUAUGCAUGUAGAUGGGAUUUGCAACUCACCAUUUAAAGCUUCAGCAAUGAGUUACUGUACAUUCAAAGUGGCUUAUAUUAGAAACUAGGUGAAGUGCUUGAUGAGGAGCUUUGGGGAUUGUAAAUAGAUGGGGAGAUCAGCCAAAUCUUUUGAUCCCACCACUGGCUACUCCACUGCCCCUACCAACUCUUCAGUAAACCUUAGCCAAGAAAUAUUAAUCCAAAAAAUCAAGCAUUAAAAUAUAUCUAUCUAUCUAUCUACUGUCACUGUAUCUAUUCAUCUAUAUAUGGCAUCCCCCCGUCUUGGCAAGAUGAUAGAGUAGCUUAUUGGCGCUUCAUCCAAUGGCUUAUGAAGCUAAUCCUGGAAUGGAUUGUUGACUGUUACGAUUAAUCCAUCUUAAUCCCUGAUAACCAAGGCAUAAAAGCCAGGUUUCUUGUUCAGGAUAAUUCAUGGUCUAGUGUUGGACUUAACACACUGAAUAUGUUGACCUUGCCUGCAACUGAUGACAUCCGCAGGCAGAGAAUCCUUUCUGAUCGCAAUGAUAGAGGCUCAGUGCAGGUCACUGGUGUGUUUUUAUAUGCCUGGGUUUGUCUAUGGGUUUCCCCUCCCUGUAGAAUGUGUACUUUGUUCUUUGAUAAGGCUAGCGACCAGCCUGGUCUCUUAGAGGGACGCAAUGUCUAUAUUAGGUCUGCUGAGUGCCUUGUCAAUAACGACGAUAUUUCUCAGUUCAUCAAUCUGUUGUAGGUCAGUGUCAAAUCCAGGACACAUUGUUCUUACAUUCCGUGUUCACGUUGUGAACAAAGUGGUGACAAAUGUGCAUGUCAGACAUCUCGUUUAUAACCAGAGUCACAGACAUUAAAAUAUAAAGAAAAUAUCCUGUUAUUUGAGCUUGACCAACUCUAUAUUUAUAAACAUUGAUUUCAAUAAAUUAUUUAACAAAAAUAAAUGUAAAAGCUGACGCUUUCAUUAAGAACAUUUGGAUGAUCCCAAAAAUGAAUGACAUCAUUUUUUCCCCUCAUAUCAAAUCUGGUUUUUGUAAAUUUCUUUUUGUGAUUGAUUUGAUUGUAAAUCAACUGUUUACCUCUAUGUAUUAUUAGGUACAAACUUUACAGUUUGAGAAUGACACACUGCGUAAACGUUUGGAGGAGGUUGAAAAGUUAAAGGACCGGUCAGAUAUUGAUGCCUACAAGAGAAAGAAUCAGGUCAUUAUUUUACACACAGUAUAUUGUUAUUUCUAAUUUUGAAAAAAAAAAUUAAAGCAGUUUUGUCAUUACAAUGGUCACUCUAUAAAGUAUUUGUAAUAGAUGGAUGAUCUUCCAGACAAACCUUCAGAGCUGAGCUUGAUGAAUAGGGAUUAAGAUCAUCGAUUUAAAUUGUGAGAUUCGUGGUGCUGGUCUCAUAAUAUUUAAUCUAGACACAAUUUUCUGUCACAUUACAAUAGAUUUUCCAUGAGAUUACUUGUUUCUUUAUUAAUUUGCAUAUUGUUUUAUCACUUUUAUUGCUGAAAUCCAAUUUUUUAAAAUUUUUAAAUGUUUUUCCUUAGAUGGUUGAAAGGAAUAGGUUUCUUCAUUUAAAAUCUGCUAUUAAUAGUUUUUAGCUUUGAAAAUUAAAAAUUUAAAAUUAGUUUAAACUUUUAAAUUUGUAUUUAUCUCACUUUUGCCAUGGUAACAGAUAACAGAUCUUCAAAAAGUAUCACUUUCUUUACGUGAGAGUUCCACAGACGAUGAUGAACACCCAUCAACUCCUACCAAGGUACUUGACACUGCUGGUUUAUGCAUAUAAACUUGACUCAGACAGUAAGCCUAUCUUUAUAUCAACUCUACAAUGACAGUAUAUCAACUUGAUACUAACAGCCUAAGUCUUUUAACUUGACAAUGAAAUUAUAAAUGUCAACUUGACACUAAAAAUCUCUGUGUUACAUAAAAAAUACAGACAGAUACACUAGGGCUUGUCAGCAGCAUGCGAGGCUAUUAAUAAACUCUGAUAAGGCCUGAUUCAAAACUGCACUCAAAACACAUCUUUUUAAACUCUACUACUAUCCUGACUGAUUCCCACCUCUGACUGAAGAACGAUGCUGCUGGAUGUCGUCCAUGGCUUGACAUCUAAAUAGUUUUAAAUAUACAUUUGUUUUGUUUUAUUUAAUUAAUGUAUAUUAACUAAUUUUUUAAGUUUUUGAUUAUGUUUGUUAAAUUUUAUGUACAGCAUGGUGAGACCAGCCCUAGGCUAGUGUACCAUGCUAUAUAAAACCACUUAUAAUAAUAAUAAAGGAAAAUUAAUUAAAAAUUUUAAAAAAUGCUUAAUUCUGCUGAGAUGUCUGAAAAUAUAUUUCUGCUAAAUAAAAUGUGUGAAUGAAGUAAUUAUUUAUUAAAAUAAUGAUUUCCUUUCUAAAACAUUACCAAUAUCCAAAUAUAAAUAAAUAGCCGAGAACUUAUUUUGAUAUGCAUGUGCGUAAUAAAUGCAUUAUGUACAUAAUUACUAUAAAGUAAAUAGCAGAUGCCAUGACCCGUACAGAAUGAUAAAGGAGAUCGAAAUGUAACAUAAGUAAAACAGAAUCAAUUCAACUGUCUCAUCUACAGCCAGCAAGUCAGACAAAUGUGGUUGGAAGAAGACUAGAAAACUUGAUGCUUCACACACCUGUUAAUCAUUCCCCAUCACAUAAAACUAACAGUGCACAGCCCAGCAACAACUUGACCACAUCACAGGGUACACCAAUAUGUAAGUGAAGUCAUUUCCAUCUCUGAUCAUUUUUUAGUCUAUGGUUUAGUUACUUAUUGAUAUGGAAAAGAUGAUUUGGCUUCAUGAUUUAAAUGAUUUCAGUAAGCCCCCCUCCAAGUAACACGAGGUCUAACAGAGCCAACAGCUUGAGAUCACCUACAUCGCCUGUCAGUCCAGCAUUGAGUAAGAAAUGUUUUAUUUGUAUGCCAAUACCAUGCUUGCUUUUAUUUUCUGUCAGUUUAAUGUUCUUAAAGAGAAGUGGACUAACAAGAACACAUACAACAUACAUAAAUUCAAAUCUUCUCAAGAUUUAUAUGUGAUCAAAGCUUCUUAUAGAAAAAUAUACAACAUUAGAACUUUUGCUAGAUAUACAUUUUUCAGUGGCAUAAAACAUGACGUAAAUAAAUACAAGUAAAUCUACUAAAUUACAUACCAUGAUACAUGAAUCUGCUACAUUACCUUCCUUGAUGUGCCUGCUUUUCCCUUUGAAUCCCUAAAUUCUCAACACACCUAUAUUCUAACUUUAUUGCAGACAAUGAUCCAUUCGCAAUAGGUGACUCAAGCAUAGAUCCGUUUGGCAUGGGAGAAUUUAAUCCUACAUCAGGUCAACUGGACAGAGAAUUUAAAGAUAUCCAGGUAGGCCUAAUAUCACCAAUAAAGUGUGGAUUUUACCGGUAGUUAUUUUAAUGCUGGGCCCUAAUCCCAACUUGUGACCUCUUAGAUGGCAUAGAAUUAUUAUUCUAUGUCUGUAGUACCCUUUCACAUAUCUGUCUCCAUGUAAGUUUCAACAUUAGAACCUCAGCUAAGAUAUAUGGUCAUCUUUAGUUGUGUCCCCAACUUUCCAAACUGAUGAAUGCCUUCUUGUGUGUCUUGCCUUCUUGUGUGUCUUGCUUCCUUGUAUGUCUUGCCUCUUUGUGUGUCUUGGCACUUUGUGUCCCCAUCCUUUUGAUAUAUCAAACAUUUCACACAUCAUUUAUUUCAUUGAAAUCCUACAGGCUGGUUUCAGAAGAGGACUGUCAUUUGGAACUGACGACUUCACACUAGAACAACUUGACCCCCUCAACCAAAAGAUUUAAGAUGAACAACGAAGCAACACAACACCUAGCAACCCUGGGUGCACAUCACUGCCUUAUGCAAAGUCACCAUCCAAAUAUUAUAAAAUUCCAGUUUUCCCCAUAGAUGGAGGUUCAAAGAAAAAAAAGACAACCUUUAAGCCUCUGAGUUGCAGUUCUUGUCUUUUUAUUAACUCUGCACAAAAAAGAGUAAUGAAUUUAUUGAAAUAAUUAAGGGCUGUUUUAUGUUUUCAGGUUUCUUUUGUUUCUUAUGAAAAUAUUGUAAAUCUCAUUUUGUUAGUAGUCAUAAUACUAGGGACUUUAUUUCUCUCAUAAUCAUUCCUGAUAGUAGGCGUUUUGCACUCUUAUCAUUGCACAUAUAAAUUGCUAUGAUACAUCUAUGUUUGUAAAGUGAUGAUUGACUAUAUAAUCAUUGAUUCUAAUAUUUUUAUUUUAAUUACAGUUUACAUUCCUAUUGCGCUUUUAUGUUUUUUGUUUCUGUCUUUCUUUCUGUAAUAUAAAUAAGCUACUUUUGCCAUUUGCACUGUGGUAACACAUCCAUGCUUCUAACCCUAGUCAUUUAAAUUAAUUUUCCACUGUUAACUGAAUAUUUUGUUUAACUUUAAAAGCCCUACUAAUUUAUUGCCUGUAAAAAGGAUCAUAUAAAAUAAUAGAGAUGAAUUGUUCAAGUGUUACAAUAAAAUUAUGAAAUGGAUUGCCUCUCCCCCAAAAAAAAAAAAAAUGGCUCCCUAUAAUUCAAUGGAGUCACCUUUGUCAUUUAUAAAAUUAAAAAAUAAAUUAAAUUAUUAAUAGGAGAUCAUAGUUUUAAUAUUUAUUUAAUAUUGCUUUUCCCUUAGAUAUUGCUGGAAAACUUACUUUUAUUUACUGUGAUAUAACAAAGAAAUAUUCUGAAGCUGAAUAACAAUGUAACAACUAGCUGUUUGUAUUAUGAUCCCCCUAUACUUCCACAACAAUCUCUGGGUGAGCUAUGGUCCAUCAUAUCUGUUUAAAGAUAAUGAGUUAAUAACUGAAUUUCUUAAAAGAAUCAUUCCGCAGUUUUAUUACAAAAAUAUAAUGCCAUAAUAUUAAAAAAACAUGUACUUUGCUAUAUAGAAAACAUAAAAAAAACCAAAAUGAUACUUCAUUACUUUGUAUGUUAUUUUUUUUUAAAUUAGAUUUUUUUUCUAUCCUUUUCACUGCCAUGUUUUUUAUGUAUUUAUUUCUUUGAAGCCAUUACUUUGUAGAUUCACUUGCAUAUUCAUUUUAAAUUAUUUUUUAUUGUGUCUUGUAAAUGCUGUUCUAAGCAGGGCUGCUGUGUCAGAAUCAGAGAGUUGGAUUGACAAGGUUAGGAAAAAAAGCUUUUUUUGGCUCAAGUUUAAGUUAGCGAAAUAAGGACACCAUUUACCUUUAUGAAUAUGAAACUCACACAAAAUUUCUCUAAUAAAAAAUAUCUUUAACAUAUGGUGAGUCAUUUAUCUCGUAUGGCAUCUAAAAUCCACUAAAAUAGCAGUGUAAAAGUUUUUAUUUUUCCAUCGUGCACAUAUAGAUUGGUUCUCUUAAAUAGUAAAUGUUUUUGUUUCCAAUGUGCACAUAUGGAUUUUUUAAAAAUAAUAACUAACAGUUACUGUCUAUUUAUUAUAAUAUAUCUUAUAUUGAUGGGUUUCAUUUAUUACAAUAAUUUAUCUUGAAAGGAAACUUUGUAAAAAGUCACACAGGCACACAAAAAAAGUCACACAGGCAUAUGCUGUUGAAAAUGCUAUUAUUAUAAGGCAUCUUUAAUGUCCUGUAGAAAUUGUCAAUUAUAAUUCCAAUUCACUUUUUUUUUAAACUGAAUUUUCCUGCUCCAAUUCUACAUCUUGAAUUUAAAAAAAAAAAGUAAAGGGGCUGGCACAUUAAUUUAUUCACUCUCACUUAAGUUGUAUAUUCUGGUAAAGAAAUUCCAACUUUUUCUCCUUGACUCUGACUCUACUGCCUUGGUUGAAAUGGUUGCCACCAUUUGUUUCAGUAAAAUCAAAAGCUUUCAGAUAAUGUAACUUUCUAUGUUUAAAAUACUCAUCAUACUCAUUAUUCCCACAAAUGUUGCUACUGAAAGCGGACAAUUUUUGUCAUCUAAAUCUGUCAUUGAGUUUAUUGGCACAUAUGGCAUUUAAAUGUAACUGUAACACAAUAUAUCUUAUUUUAAGGUAUGUGUAUAAAGUUGAAAUACUUGGUAUGCAGCAGAUUAUGUAAUUUACAUGAACACACUCUUGUAAUGAAAUUUGUUUACCACUGUGAAUGUAGACACACACAGAGCCAAUGAGAUGAGAGCAUGCAUGGGACUGGGAUAACAGUAUUUUUGGUCGGAUAGUUAAAAACAACAUAAAAGUAGUUUUAACUAAUUCCCAAAGUAAAAAACAAAUAAAUUAAGAUUAGACUCAAAUUGUAACUGGGGUCGGUCAUGCAGAUUAUUUUUCAAGUCAACAGGCAUUUCUUCCAUCCCUACCCCACCACCUCUUGCCAGCCCUUCAAAUAAUAUAUGAUUAUUAAUGAUUGAAUGUUCCAAUAAGCUGUUGUACUCACUGAUGCACAAACACCAAUUUUUAUUAAAUUAAAUUUCCACUGGGUUCACAAACAUUAAACCUUGGUGUCUUGUCAUUAUUUUGCUGAACAUAAUAUUUAAUUUAAUUAUUUAAUGUAUGAAAUUAGGUAAAUUUUAAACUAAUCACAGCCAGUUAAUGUAAGGUACCUGCCGUCUUAAUUGUUUUGUAGAUCUUUAGCUGAAUAAAGUACAGUUAAGUUUGAAAAUGGUCUACAAUAUUAUUUUUAAUUUACAGGUAAUAAAACUAAAUAAUUUUAAUUUUGUUCAUACUUAUUUAUAGGUGGACACAGAACUAUAUAUUGUGUUAAUUAAAAAUGGGAUUAGGGGUAUUGCCAAUAAUUCCACCAGAUAUUGGAAAUGCUAUCUCAACAUAACUGACCAUGACAUUAAAUUGUCCACCCAUACUUUUAAUUUUAAAAUUCAAUAGCAAUAAUUACAUUUAAUAAUUUAUCUAAUAACAAUAUAUGUAGGCCUUUGAUUACUAUGAAAUUUUCAAAUAAUUACAUUUAAUAUUUUAUCUAAUAACAAUUUAUGUAUUAACCUUUAAAAACAGAAAUGUCAACAAUGAGUAAUAAAAGUGUUAUCCUAUG